AUGACUAGUCAUUUUUAUCUCUCUUAUAUCCUAGUUACCAUAGUACUUACCCCAGGUAAUGUUCUUAGUUCUGGAAAAACGUCUUCUGAGGAGGACUAUUUUCAAGACAAUGCAUUGGUUAAAUGGAAAGGAAAAGAACGGUCAUUUGAAAGAAGUGGUUUGCAACUACUAAAGAGUAUUGAUCUCUCAAGAAAUAGCUUAUCCGGAGAACUUCCAGAUGAGAUCACUAGUCUUUAUGAUUUGGCUUCGUUAAAUGUUUCCAACAACAAACUACAUGGAGAAAUCCCGAAAGAUAUUGGCCGGGUGAAAUCUAUUCAAUCUCUUGACUUGUCUAGAAAUGAAUUCUCUGGACGUAUUCCCUCGAGUUUGGUAGAAAUCACUUCUCUAGGUUAUCUGGACCUCUCAAACAAUAACUUGUCGGGAAGAAUACCAGCUGGAACUCAACUCCAAAGCUUCAAUGAUACAUCCUACAGUGGUAACCCUCAACUUUGUGGACCUCCACUUUCACCAAGAUGUGGUCCUCCACCCGUUGUAGAAAAGAAAGAUGUUGAGGAAGAUGACGACGAUUUUUGGAAAUCAAAUUACAUAGGUAUGGGUGCUGGAUUUGCGGUUGGGUUUUUGGGAAGUUGUGGUGCUUUAGUUUUAAGCCCUCGUUGCAGAUACUUCGUUUUUACUUCAUUGAGUCAUAUAACGGAUAGGAUAUAUGUAAUUGUGGCUUUGCAUUUUGGAAAAGUUGAAAGAAAGUUUAGAAGGUGA